AGAACAAAGUAAUAUUAAAUUUUAAAUGGCUGCACGUUGAGAAGGCACCUGUGUCACUUCCAAGAUGACUAGCACUAAGGCUGAGGUCAUGUCUGAUAAAGCUAAACAAGAUAUCAUGCAACUCCAAGAGAUCUUUGGCAUCACAUCAACUGAGGCUGAGAACUCGUACCAGUACUACAAGAACAGCCUCAGUGAUGCUGUGGUAGGACUGUCUAGCCUACAGGAGAACGGAAGAGUCUCAUUGGAAGAGGCUAUAGCCAAGAGUCCUCAUUCUUCUGAAAGUACUAGUGGUGAUACGUCACAAGGUCUGGUCGCAACGUGUGCUAAUAAUCCAAUGGCAGCACCUGCCGGAGGAGGAGGAGGAAUGGCUGAUUCUGAUCAACCCACUGGCUCUACUAAUACCAAUCCAAUUGAUCUCACUCAGGAGUCACAAGAUGAUGAUUUACAGAAAGCCCUUGCUCUUAGUUUACAAGACAUGCAGCAUCAAGGUGGAGGGAUCUCACUUGAAGACCAAGAGCUGAGCAAAGCUCUUGAGGCCAGUAUUGCGGACACUCAUACCGAGUAUGGUCCUGUCUCAAGGUUUGUUGAUCCGCUUAAUCCUCACGAGAGGAAGAAGAUAGAAGGGUUUCCUCUUGGACUCAAAAAUAUCGGAAAUACAUGUUGGUUCUCUGCCGUCAUACAGUCAUUAUUCAAUAUUCCUGCCUUCAGAGAUUCGAUACUUCAUUUUAAUUUUAAAACAUCAGAUCAAACUGAAGAGGACUUACCUCAUUGUGUUUUAUUUGUUUUGGAACUGCAAAAACUCUUUGCUCUUUUAUUAGAAAGUCACCAGAGAUACAUUGAUCCUAAACAGGCCAUUGAUCUUCUUAACGCUUCAUUCCAGACACUUGGUGGCAAUCAUAUGCAGCAAGAUGUGAGUGAAUUUAAGCACAAGCUCUUGGAAUGGAUCGAAGACGCAUUUAACUAUCAAGACAAAACAAAGAACAAUCCUAUUAUCGAGUUGUUUACUGGUGAAUGUGUCACUGAAGGAAAAAUCAACGAAACUUCCUUUGUCAAUCGUUCUCAGUUUGGAGCGUUUCCUGUUCAGAUUGAAGGCCACGCCCACCUACACGACAGCCUGGAGGCUGCCACUGUGAACACUGAGAUGGAGCAAGAAACGUGGUUUACUCAUCUGCCUCCAGUGCUAGUCCUGGAGCUCUCGAGAUUCAAGUAUAAUCAACUAACUGGUCAAGCAGAGAAGAUUCACGAUUCACUCUCCUUUGAUAAAACACUCUAUCUUGACAGAUAUCUUCACAGUAAUGCAAGUCAGACUAGACUCCUUAGGAAAGAGAUGGGCCUUCUCAGACAAAAAAUGAGAAAAAUAGAAGAGACACUAAAGAGUUAUACUGAUUAUAAUGGAAAGAAAGUUCCCAUUAAUGAUGUCCUUUCUAUUGUGUUUGAUUUUACCAGUUCGAGACUAGAGGGUGUCCUCGGAGCCGAAGGAGCCUCCCCUAAUGUUCAAGAGGAAGGAAGACCCUCUCCAAGAUCAGGGAGCAAGGAGGAGGUGGAGUUUGUAAGGAAGUGGCUCGAGCAAUGGAGAUCUGAGAUGGACACUGAAAUAUCUGAGCUUAAGAGCAGUCUCUCUGCCACCAGGGAGUCACUUGAUGCAGUUUAUUCCGAUCCAUCAAUGAACAGGACCUCCUAUCACCUCCACUCUGUCCUUGUCCAUCAAGGACAAGCAUCACGGGGGCACUACUGGGCGUACGUGAGGAAAAAGAAAACAAAGAAGAGGAAGGCCACGAGAGAAAUGGGCAUACAAGCAUCUUAUCUUGACGACGAGCAGACAGAAGAAGAAGGAGUGGAUAAGAGUAGCAGUGAGGAAAAGAGAGAGGAGGGAGAGGGUCACGAAGACAUGGAAGUGACUACAACCGGUGGGGAUACUGACGUAGAAACGUUUAGCUCACCUUUAUCGUCUUGCGAGCCGUCAUCAGGCCCGGCGUCUGUAGCACCUCCUGAAGUAAAGAGAGAGGAGGGAUCAAAAGAGGAUGAAGAGGAGAUAUGGCUCAAGUAUAACGAUGUGAGUGUUACUACUGUUGACUGGGAGGAGGUGAAGAGAGAGUCUUUUGGAGGAAGAGGAGGAGAGAGUGCUUGCAAUUCUAACGGGCCCGGGACUAACACCAGUGCUUACUGUCUGCUCUAUGUGAACUCAGAAGCUGCCAAGACUUGGAGAGAAGAAGUUCAUCUCCUCUCGCUGGGUCUCCAGAGGUACAUUGCAUAUCAUAAUUUGGCGUUUGAGAGGGAGCUUAAAGCUUAUGAUCUCAAGGUCCAGCUCCAGCAAUUAAAGACUUCAUCGGAAGGGAAGGAGCUCAUUAAACCGGCUAAAGCUGUUCGGUUUGAGUAUCCUAAAGGAGAGGAAGAUCCAGGAGCAUCAACCAAUGGAGGACAUGACAUGAUGGCUCUUGCUUCUGAUGCUAAGAGAGCUAGAGCAGGCAGCCCCUCCAAUUUAGAAGAUAUGCAAAUUGAUUUGGAUAACCUACCUCCAGUUGAUCCAGCACUCUUGAAUCAACUCUCAAUGCGUUUGAGUGACAAGCUCCAAAUGUUCAUUCAGGAUGUACCAGGGACCAUCAUAGAGUCACGCUUACUCACUGACUUCCAUUAUGCUCAUGCCUGCCAGACCAGUGAAAAAGUUAGACAGGCUAUACUAUAUGAGCAUGUCAUACAAGAUCUGAAGAGAGAGAAUGAUCUCAAUAUGUCUCUAAUAGCUCGUAAGUAUUUUGUGGAGAUAUGCAAAGACCCUCAGAUAUAUCAAGAACUACAAGAUGUAAGAUUAUUGUACAGUCGGUUUUGUUCCUGCUGUUAUCAUUUUAUCCAGUCAGUAAACGAAGCAAAAAGGAACAGUUGGUGUCUGUCACUGGCUCACAUUAUAAAUUGUUUUUAUUUAAAUUCUUCAAUCAGUGCACAAGCUGGUGACAAAUAUUCGCUAGAUCAACAGCUGUUAGGUAGAUUCAGGUGUAAGGCACUCCUUAUGGUAAGUGAAAUAGGCACAGUUGCAUUUACCAGUGGUGAAGUCUCCUCCAGUAUAGUCAUUGGCAAUGAUUACAUUGUCCCUGGGCUCAAGGCCUUCUCUCUCCAUCCAUUCCCUGGAGAUGACUCCAUUUUAGAGAAAGUGAGAGAGGAGUGGUGCCAGUGCUUAGAUCAGAGCUCACUAACUGAAGAUGAUUCCGACAAGCUAGCAGAUUUGCUAAUGAAGAUAGUCGAGGACUAUUCAAAGGCUCCGAACAUCAAGAUACCUCAGGCCCCAUCGAACUUUGACACCCAGAGACUCGCUGCACAAUAUACCACUGCCUACAAGACACUGACUAGCGAAAUUUUAUUGUGAAUAGAAUAUCAAUGAGUUAUAAUGAAGAGAGGUGUAUUUUUUUUAAUUGUUGCAAGUUACCUCUCUCUCCAGCUGUGAUUUUUGUAUACUUUUAAGCACAGCUAUAGUCUUGUAUAGUAAAA